CGCACGCCCGGGCGUCCCGGAUCCCUUGUCUUUCACUCCCUCCCUCCCGCUCGUCCGCCCGCCCGCUCGGGUUGGGGAUGGGUGGAUGCCUUUGCGUGGGCGGAGGAUUUCAGAGUUGUGGGGGGGCUCCCCCAUUCUAGGUCUUGCCUCCUGCCCUCUUCCUUGGCUUGCGUGGGCUGAGGGGUUCCUGUGGUAGGCGAAAGUCAAUACUUUGGCUGGUGGCCGUGGUCCUUAACCCUUUUGGGUCUGUUUUAAGAUUAAUUAAAAGAAGAAUGAACAGUAAUCCUUGAAGAUAACUGGGCAAUUUUUCUUUAUCAUUUUUUAAUUGUGGAAGUUCAAGUGAAGUCAGAGGCUCUUACUGUAGUGAAGAUUUGUUUAUAAGUCUUCAGUUUGUCAACACAGACCAUCAGAUCAUCAUUUUUAGAGAAGACACUUUCUCCCCCUCUUUUGGUGUCCUUGGUGCCAAAAAUUAAAUUUGGGUGCAGCAUUUUGACUUAUGUUUGUGUCUAGGUUUUGUGCCACAAGUAAUUGCAUAAAUUACUUAUUUGCAAGUUUUGCUCACAACAAAACCAUUGCCUUGAACCUGGACAUCUGGAAUUGAGACAGUUGGUAACUAUUUUAAUACAUCUAUCAGGAUUAAAAGUAGAAUUCUACAGAGGUGUGCAUCUUAAAAUUAUAUUCUUUAUUAUUAGAGACAAAAGGAGACGUUUUACAGCACUUGCAACAAAAUUAUACCACAGUAUAAACAGAACCAAAACAAAGUUGCAAUAUCUGAAUAGAGCACUCUUUGGAAAUUUAAAUUUUCUAGAGAGUAAGUUACCAUAAGUAUUGGUAUAUAUUACUUUUCUCAGAGCAACUAAGUAACAAUGCAAGUCUCAGACUGACUUAUUAACACAAUACUUAUUAGCAAUGGAAAAUCUACAGACAAGUUUUUCGUUGGUUCAGGGCUCACAUAAAAAACUGGAUGGGAUGGAAGAUGAUGGUGGCCCUCCAGCGAAGAAAAUGAUGACAGACAUUCAUGUCAAUGGAAAAAUGAUGAUAAACAAGAUGCCAACAGUAAAGAAGGAACACUUGGAUGACUAUGGAGAAGUGCCAAUGGAAACUGAUGGAGAACAUGUCAAACGAACCUGUGCCUCGGUGCCUGAACCUUUACAUUUAAAUCCCAGUUUGAAACAUACUUUGGCACAAUUCCACUUAAGUAGUCAGAGCUCUCUGGGUGGACCGGCAGCAUUUUCAGCUCGGUAUUCCCAAGAAAGCAUGUCACCUACUGUAUUUCUGCCUCUUCCAUCUCCUCAGGUUCUUCCUGGCCCACUGCUCAUCCCUUCUGAUAGUUCCACAGAGCUCACCCAGACUGUAUUGGAAGGGGAGUCUAUUUCUUGUUUUCAGGUUGGAGGAGAAAAGAGACUCUGUUUGCCCCAAGUCUUAAAUUCUGUUCUCCGAGAAUUUUCACUUCAGCAAAUAAAUACAGUGUGUGACGAAUUGUACAUCUACUGUUCAAGGUGUACUUCAGAUCAACUUCAUAUUUUAAAGGUCCUGGGAAUCCUUCCAUUCAAUGCCCCAUCCUGUGGACUGAUCACGUUAACUGAUGCACAAAGACUUUGUAAUGCUUUAUUGCGGCCACGCACUUUCCCGCAAAAUGGUAGCAUACUUCCUGCUAAAAACUCAUUGGCCCAGUUAAAGGAAACUGGCAGUGCCUUUGAAGUGGAACAUGAAUGCUUGGGCAAGUGUCAGGGUCUGUUUGCACCCCAGUUUUAUGUUCAACCUGAUGCUCCAUGUAUUCAGUGUCUGGAGUGCUGUGGAAUGUUUGCGCCGCAGACAUUUGUGAUGCAUUCUCACAGAUCACCUGACAAGAGGACUUGCCACUGGGGCUUUGAAUCAGCCAAAUGGCAUUGCUAUCUUCAUGUGAACCAAAAAUACUUAGGGACACCUGAAGAAAAGAAACUGAAGAUAAUUUUAGAAGAAAUGAAGGAAAAAUUUAGUGUGAGAAGUGGGAAGAGAACGCAAUCCAAGGUUGAUACACCAUCAGGAAUGGACUUACAGUCAUGGUAUCCUGUUAUAAAGCAGGAAGGUGACCAUAUUUCUCAGACACAUUCAUUUUUACAUCCCAGCUACUACUUAUACAUGUGUGAUAAGGUGGUUGCCCCGAAUGUGUCACUUACUUCUGCUACAGCCCAAUCUAAAGAGGUCACAAAGACAGAGGCAGGUAGAUCUGUACCACGGCAGUCAGAGAAACCUCACAGUAGUGGAAGACAUCAAAAAUCGGUGUCUUAUCCAGAUGUCUCUCUUGAGGAACAAGAGAAAAUGGAUUUAAAAACAAGUAGAGAAUUAUGUAGCCGCUUAGAGCCAUCGAUCUCAAAUAAUUCCACAGGUAAAAAGAAACCUGAAUCACUCACUUGCAACUUAGUUAGAGACACAAGCAAGAUGGGAAUUGGCCGUGAUGCUGCAACUUCAUCUCCACUUUUUGUCAAAGAUGUCAGUGAGGAUGAUAAGGGAAAAAUCAUGGAAGAAGUAAUGAGAACUUAUGUAAAACAACAGGAAAAACUGAAUUCUAUUUUACAGAAGAAGCAACAACUUCAGAUGGAAGUUGAAAUGUUGAGUAGUUCAAAAGCUAUGAAGGAACUCACUGAAGAGCAGCAGAAUUUACAGAAAGAACUUGAAUCUUUGCAGAACGAACACACUCAAAGAAUGGAAGAAAUUUAUGUUGAACAGAAAGACCUAGAGAAAAAGUUAGAGCAGGUAAUGAAGCAAAAAUGUACCUGUGACUCAAAUUUAGAAAAAGACAAAGAGGCUGAAUAUGCAGCACAGUUGGCUGAAUUGAGACAGAGAUUGGACCACGCUGAGGCUGACAGGCAAGAACUCCAAGAUGAACUCAGACAGGAACGGGAGGCAAGACAGAAGUUAGAGAUGAUGAUAAAAGAGCUAAAGCUGCAAAUUUUGAAAUCCUCAAAGGCUGCUAAAGAAUAGAAGACUUUUCAAGAGAUUCAAAUGUAUAUUCUCAACAUUUUUUUUUUUUUAAAUUUUCCUUGGUAAUUGAAUUCUGAAUAAUUUAUCUGCAUGAAAAUAACUAGGCAUUUUACCCACUUGUAGAUCAGAGAAGAAAUGAAGAAAUUAUAUAUUAGUACAUAAAUUUUUACAUUUGCCAAAUGAAUGAAAAUGUAUGUUUGUUUGUACUUUUAUUUUCCCCCCAACCUGCUUAGUUAACAAUACUGUAUGGUUCCAAAUAGUAGAAAAUCUGCCUAUAUUUCUAAUGCAAAUUCAACAGUUGUAUACUUUUUAAAAGCUGCAUUAUGUGAUGGAAAUUUUAUUCAUAUUUGUGGUCAAUUUUAUUCAUAUUUCAAAUAGUUUUAGGUACAGUGGUAGGUAUUUCAAAUAUAUAAAUUCACUCAAGGAGUUAAAUUUCCAUUUUUUUUUCAUUAGCACAGUCUUCUUUUUAAAUUGAUAGUAUAGUCACUAAUAUAUACAAAAUUUGCUUUUAUUUUGUUCAGAUUAUAGGUUGAAUUUUUCACUCAUUCUCUUCUUUGUUUCCUAGGAGACAUUUUGUCAAAAGAGGCAUUUCAGUGAUGAGGUUAUAGCACAUCCAUAGGCAGAAUGGGGAAAGAUGACAUGCUUUAUUAUAUACUGCUGCUAACAUGCAGAAGUAGUUAGAAUUUGUUUUUCAGUUUUAAUGUGCUUAUAUUUAGAACUUUUUUUUUUUAAUGCAACUUCAGAGGAGGGAAUGAAAUGUAAUAAUUUCUGGACUUUUGUUUAUGUUGUUAAUAGCAGUGUGAAAAUAUUAAUGUUUUGAGAUAAACUGAUUACCAUUGAUGUAUACCAAUUUCUAUCUAAUCCAUAAUGUUCUUGUACAGUUUUUAUAUGUAGUUAUGGGUUUUACUGAAAUUUAUAUAAUGGAUUUGUUUUCCUUAAUGGAUUUUUUUCCUUUAAAUUGUACAAUAUUAAACAUCUUGAAGGUUAUUUUGAACUUCUGUAUGUUUAAAUGCUAAGUCUUAUCAAAAUUUGCACGAUUGGGACCAUUUUCAAUUACUUCUUAAUACAAAAUCAGGAAUUUACAGACGACUGAUAGAAUAUAAUAGACUAAUAUGGGGAAGUUUAGUUAUCUGCUACUAAAUGGUUUUUACAUAAUUUUUAGAAGACCAAGGAAUUCCAUACUUUGGGGGAGGGGCGAGGUCUUCUGCACUUUUCUUUUUUUGCACAGAAAAUUCUGUCAUUCUUUAAUGGCAAAUUUCAUCUUAGUUAAUUCUUGGCUUAUAAGGUGUCAGGUAAAAUUCUUGGAAUGCAUUUUAUUUUUUAAAGAAAGUUUUCUAAAGCUACCAUUAAUUGACAUCAUUAUCCCGUGAGUUAUGUUUUCUCAUGUUCUCACAUAAGGUACUGUAUGAAAUUACUUGAGAACUAAAUUUAUUUUUAAAAUAAAUUUGUGAUCCUUUUGGAUUCAUAAGCAUGAUGAUUGGGUAUUCAUGCCAUUGUGUGUGACAUGACUCUCAAACUUUGUUAUAACACCGGCAUACUACCCUUUUGACAUGAAAAAAAUUUGUUAAGGUUACGAUGAUAUACUUUUUCCAGCAUAGACAACAGAUACUCCAAUAGUGUAGAACUUCAAAAACAAUCUGUAGCCCAUCAUUUUACCUCUUAUUUUUAUACUCUGCUAAAAUGGUACUUACAUAUGCUAAUACAAUUUUUGUACUUCCAAAAUAUAGGAUUUUUUUUUGUAAAGUAUGAUUUAAAUGUCUGUUUUCUAUUUAAAAUUUUCCCUGAAAUUUAAUUUGUUUAUUCUUGGGAUUUCCUCAAGGAGGAACAAGUGUGAAAAUGACAUACUCUCCUAAUACCAUUUAUUUAGAUCUGGAGAAGGAAAAAUCACAGACAUUUUAUGAUAGUUCCAUCGUAUUGUAGUUGUGUCACACUAAGCAUUUUGGGAGACAAACUUAAGCCCCUUUAAUUUCCUUUUCUUUCUUAUUCACUUAAGUUUCAACCCAAAGCUUAAAAUAAAUUGCUUUACUUUUGAAAUAUGUUAUUUUAAAAUUCUAGGCAGUGUUUAAGUACCUUUAAAUUAUCAUGUACUCUUAAUUUAGAAUUGAGUAAAGGAAUAUUUUUUCUAGUCCUUCCCAAAAUGAAAACUUGCCACGUAAAAUUGUGUGGUCUUCAUGUUCCAGAAGAUAUAUUGAUGUGCCAUAGGUUUCUGUCUAGCUUCCUGGAAAAUAGUUUUUUAGUCAUUUGUAAAUACACCUAUUCUAGUUAAAAGUAAUUUUAAGUUAAACUGCAUCAUAUAGCUUGGAAAUAUAUAGAUUUUGUAAUUCUUUAAAAGUGACCUCUGCUAAAAUAUCCAUAUAAACUUAUUCUUCUAUUCUUUGCAUGCUCAUUUUGUGUGUUGUUUGCUAGCUUAAAGUUUGUUUUGGUGUUAGUUUUUGCAUACCAAUUCAUUAGGCAAGCAGAUUUUUCCUUCAGAUUUGAUAAUUUUAUUCCUUUUAUGAAAAAGUAUAAAAAUAUUUAAAAAGCUGUAUUAAAGGAAUGGCCUAUCAAAUGUGCUAGAGUGUCUUUAGAAGGAAGGGAAGAGAUUAGAAUAUUAGCUUUCAGGGUAAUGGGUAAUGUUUAAUUUGGGUGUUGAUAGUGUCUCUAAACUUUGUGAGAAAAAUGUACCAAACUUAUAUGGGCAGUAAAGGUAUAACCUGCUGUCAUUGAGGAAACUCUAAAACCAUCCCAGUUUCACAAAUGCAACUUGUGACACUGAAUGAAUUUGAUCCAGCAGUGUAAGUCUGACUUGUGCUUUAGUUUUGUAAAGCAUAUUCUUCUUGAAAUCCCAUAUCCUUGAGAAUUAGGAUGUUUUAUGCUUCUUAAACUAAUUUUAUAACAUAUUUAAUAUAUUGUCAGUUUAGAUAUAAAGUCAUUUGUAUAUAUUGAAUUAAAAACCAGUAAAGUAGGUAAAAUAGACCAAGUACAAUGAUAUUUGCCAGGUUAUCCAUAUAUUUUAGAAGUCAUGAUGGCAAUCAAUUUAUUGCACAUCUGGCUUCUAUUUGAAGGAAAGUACAGUGACAAGGACACUCAAGUAAUAAGAAACAUGCUCAAGGUAUUUCCCUCUAAUUAGCUGGUUCUGAAGGUUUUUGAUCAACUUCUAAAAUUUUCUCAGUGAAAAGAGUUAUGUUUUGAUUACUUAGGGAGAAUCCUCAUUUUAUUUGCUCUUAUACAUUUAAUCUACAGGACAUUAACAUUAAUAUAAUAAAAAGUGCUCAUACUGUACAUCUGUUUCUGUGCUUGGAACUACUUGCUAAUAAUUUUUAUUGAAGCUGUCAGCAAUAAGGGACACAUUACUGCUGUUUUAUACAUUGUGGGAUUGAAUAAUUUAAACAGCUCAAUUUUUUUUCUAGUAUAGGAUACUUAAGCAUUUCCAUUAUUGAAAGAAAGUUGUAUAGAUAUUCUAUAUUGCAUCUUGUUUAAAAGGAUAGCCUUUUUUAAAAAAAGAAACCUUCCAUUUAAAUGGCUUCUGAACUACAUAAUGCAAUUUGAAGCUUGUUUCUUUAGUAAUAGAGUUAAAUGUUUUAUAUAGUGCUACUGUUUUUGAAUUAGUGAUCACAUGUAUAAACUGAAAUUUAAAAAUUCAGCCCAGAAAACAAAAUAGUGUAUUAAGUUAGUUGAAUGUAAAAGAAAUUUAUAAGAUUUUUUUCCUUCAAUAUAGAUACCUCACUUGAAAAUAAAGCACAGCAUACUUAAAGUAGUUCUAGUAAAAGAAGUCCUAUUAAAAGAAUUGCUAAAUCUAGGACACCUUCUGGGGAAUUAUAGUUUGGGGAAAAAAAUAUCCUUGCUUUUAACCAUCCCGUUAGAAUUGUUUAUCUGAAUAUUUUAGGCUAACGGUAGUCUUACUAUUAUUUCUGAGUUUAAAUUAUUUCUGAAUUUCUAAAUCUGUGAAAACAGUAAGUGAAAUAUCUGUUCUGCCUGUUGAAACAAAUAGUUGACCACAUUGACCAUAAUUCAAUUUAAAAUGUUGCCAAUGAUGUACAGUUUUAUGGUUAACAUUGCUGUGGUUGGUUGCAUUACAUGACACACAAAACUGUCCUCUACCUCACGUGAAAUAAAUAUUUUAUAUGGUUUUACUAUAAAACAAGACUCAUCUAUCUGGUCACUUAGUUUACAAAUUUUGAAUUAUAUUUAUUGAAACAUGACAUACUGUGCUCUUAGCUUAUACCUCAAUUGUAUUUUGUGCUGUUUUCCAUUUUCAUGCUUUGUAAAUAACGUAUAGAUUGUGGAUUAAAUUCCAAAUAAAAACUUUUAAUGCCAAUGAAAUUGAUUCAAUCCAUCUUACUAUCCUGCAUGAGUUUAACUUUCUUGUCCCUAAAUACUGACAUUUUCUCCUAUUGUUCCCUUAAAGUUUGUUCAUCACACAUCCUCUUUCUUCGCAUGACUUGUGAUUUCUUUGGUUGAAAACUGAGUGUUUUAUAAUUGUGAUGAGGUAAUUCUGGAAAUCGGAUUUCCCCCCACCUAGGCUUACUGUUUUGCUUUUAAUUGUUGAAGGCUCUGUUUGUCCAUUUCUUAAUUGAUGUGUCUGUUCUUUAGCUCAUGUUUAGCUAAUGUUUUGGUAGGUAUCUUUAAAUGCCAGAAGUUAUAUAGAAGGACAAACAUCUACACAAUUUAAAAAAAACAAAAAAAAUGCUACUCCCAAUGGCUGCAACUUGUUGACACUCCUUCAACGCCUAUUAGGCUUGCUCUGAUACUAGGAAUUAGACGAAAGUGAAAGCAUAUGACCUCAGGUCUUUUCUGCAUCUUGCCUAGGCAUGUGGAACUUUCUAAAUUCCCCUGCAAACCGGCUGCUUAUGUAUUCUCAUUUUCCAAUUAAUGAGACUCACCCUCACUUCUCCAAUACUUAGUCUAUUGAUUGUUUCUACUCGUAGUCUCUUGGGUCGGGCAUAGUCAACCUGGCAUGCUUUACCUGCA